GAUAGAUAGAUAGAUUGAUGCAUGGCCUCAGGCCACCUGACACGGUGGUCCUAACAAACACCAUCUCCCUCUCAUCUCAUUCUAAUUCUACCACCUUAGCCAUUGCCGCCGCCGUCAUUCCGAGGUGGGAAAAAUGAUGUUGAAGCUAUGGAAUUGGUAUCAGAAUUGCUUGUCCGUUCACCCACUCAAAACCCAGGCCCUCAGCUCCGGCAUUCUAUGGAGCGUCGGCAAUAUUGUUGCCCAAUCCAUCACUCACUCCACGGCCAGAAAGCACCUUCAAAUCUCUUGUGAAAAUGAAGAGUUCAAGAUCGACUGGAAACGGGUAGCCAUCACAAGCAUGUUCGGGUUCGGCUUCAUCGGACCAGCUGGCCACUUCUGGUAUGAAGGCUUGGACAGAUUCAUUAAGCUAAAGCUUCAACUCCAGCCAAAGUCUCUCCGGUUUGUAGGAGCCAAAGUGGCAAUGGAUAGCCUUAUUUUUGGCCCUUUUAAUCUGCUUGUGUUCUUCACAUACAUCGGAUUCGCCGCCGGCAAGAGUGCCGGUCAAGUGAAGGAAGAUGUGAAAAGGGAUCUCCUUCCGGCCCUGGUUCUGGAGGGCGGCGUGUGGCCUAUCGCUCAGGUUGCCAACUUCCGGUAUGUUCCUGUGAGGUACCAGCUUCUGUACGUCAACAUCUUCUGCUUGCUCGACAGUGCUUUCUUGUCGUGGAUGGAGCAACAGAAAGAUGCAGCUUGGAAGCAAUGGUUCGCGACACUCAUGCCUAUGAAGCAACGAGAAAACCCGGGCACAUAACAGUUGUUUUCUGUAUUCUUCUUCAGAUUGCAGUUGUUUUUCUGUAUUCUUGUUCUUCUUCAGGGAUCAGAACAAUCUUGCAAAAUUCCCAGAAAGGAAAUAUGACAAGAGCAACUCAAAUUCCAUAAAUUUCAAUUGAGUUGAAA